AUGACCAAACCAAUCAUUAGGCAUGCUGUCGCUUCAGACGUCCCUCUUAUCCUUGAGUUCAUCAAUGAACUUGCAAUCUACGAGAAAGAGCCCGAUGCAGUACUUGCUACUGUUGAAACACUCACCGAUACCUUAGGGUUCAGGGAAGGAUCUAAAGCUUAUGCAAAGACAUUUUUAAUCUUUGAAGGGGAGAAGCCAGCUGGAAUGGCUCUAUACUUCAAUAACUAUAGCACAUGGCGUGCUAAGCCCGGUAUCUACCUCGAAGAUCUAUUCGUCCGCCCCGAUUUCCGUGGCCGUGGAUACGGCACUGCACUUCUUGCAGCCCUUGCGCAGGAAGUAAUAGAGAUUAAUGGAGCGAGGUUAGAAUGGAGUGUUUUGAAAUGGAACACCCCAUCAAUUAAAUUCUAUGAGGGUAUUGGUGCAGAGAAUAUGGGGAAAGAAUGGCAGGUUAUGAGAUUGGCUGAUGAUACUCUGGUAGCUAUGGCUAAGAGUGGCCCAGAGGUUGAGAGACGCUAG